AUGGCCCCUCCAAAGAUCUUUUCUCUCGAGGGCAAGGGUUUGAAAUUGGACUCAGCUGAAGACAUUGACGCCCAAAUUAAGCCUCUAACUGAGAGCACUGGCUAUACUGAAAUCCGCCUUGGGGGAAAUACUUUAGGUGUCCCAGCGUCCGAACGCCUCGCCGCUGUCCUUUCCACCCAGAAGAGCCUCGAAGUGGCCGAGCUCGCUGAUAUCUUCACCUCCCGUUUGCUCAGCGAAAUCCCUGCCGCUCUCACCUUCCUUCUCAAUGCGCUUCUCGAGAUCUCGACGCUUCACACUAUUAAUCUUUCCGACAAUGCUUUCGGCGCAAACACGCAGAAGCCCCUCGUCGAUUUCCUCUCUCGCCACAUCCCUCUCCGCCACCUAAUUUUGAACAACAAUGGAAUGGGACCGGAGGCCGGGUCGAACAUCGCCAAAGCCCUUACAGAGCUCGCAGAGCGCAAAGAGGAGGCGCGCAAGGGCGGAAAGGAGGCUCCUCUGCUGGAAAGCAUUGUCUGCGGACGGAACCGAUUGGAAAAUGGCAGCAUGGCAGCUUGGGCCCGGGCUUACGAGGUACAUGCGACUGGAAUACGGUCGGUGAAGAUGACCCAGAACGGAAUCCGUCAAGAAGGUAUCUCUCACCUGCUGAAGGAGGGUCUUCGCCACGCCAGUGCUCUCGAAGUUCUUGACCUGCAGGACAACACUUUCACAGUCACCGGAUCCACUGCUCUUGCUACUGUGCUCAGUGGAUGGUCUUCCCUCCGCGAACUCGGAGUUGGUGACUGCUUGCUUUCUGCCCGUGGUGGAGUCAAGGUUGCCCAAGCUCUUGCUGAGGCCAAGAACCAGAAGGUCGAGACCCUUCGCCUGCAAUACAACGAUAUCUCAGCCGAAGGUGUCAAGCAAUUUUUGCACGCCGCUAAGACCGCCCUUCCAUCUCUACGCCGCAUUGAGCUCAACGGAAACAAAUUCCAGGAGGAGGAUAAUAGCAUCAUGGAACUCAGCGAGCUCCUGGACGCCCGAAAGGAAGAACACGGCAAGGAUGAUGACCCUGAGGACAUGUGGGGAGUCGACGAGCUAGAUGAGUUGGAGGAAGAGAGCGAGGAGGAGGAGGAGGAAGAAGAAGAGGAAGAGGAGGAGGCUGAGAAGGCUGAGAGGGUUGUUAAGGAGGCCGAGGAGGCUGAGACUGAGAAGGUAGCUCAAAAGGAAGACAAGGCAGUCGACAAGCUAGCCGAGGUUCUAGGGAAGACCGGCAUCUAA